CCUCCUUGCGCCACCCACUCCCAUUGCCAAGAACACUGAACAGGAAGAGGCCUUUACUCAGGGAUGCUGCCAAGAUAGAGAGACUGUGUAAAGAAAGAAGGGCAGUGCUUGAACAGAAGACCAUAUUCUCUGAAGGUGCCUCUGCCCCCCACACCAAACAUAAGGCCACCGAGAAGACCCUCACCUGAAAACUAGGCCAGCCUUCCCAAGAGAGAGCAGGUCUCCUCAGCUCCUCCAUCAUGAACUGGCACAUGAUCAUCUCUGUACUUACCAUAGUGGUGCUUAAAAUUGUUGGGAUGACCUUAUUUCUGCUUUAUUUCCCACAGAUUUUUGGCGGAAGUGAAGACAGCCUCCUUCCCACUGAGAUCUAUGGAAGAGUGUCACCGACUUUUGGGAGCAGUGAUGUCAGUUCAGUUCCCACAGAGAGUUCUAGAACAGCUUGCUCCAGGACGUGGUAUUUUCUUCAAAGAAGAUGCUUUUGGUUGUCCCCUUUUGAACUGUCUUGGAACAAAAGCAGGGACUUUUGCAAAAGAGAAGCAUCCACUUUGGCCAUUGUCGACACACCAGAAAAACUGAAAUUUCUCCAGGACAAAACUGGUGCUGAGAAGUAUUUUAUUGGCUUAUACCAGCAAGAAAAGAACAGAUGGCAUUGGAUAGACAACUCCGUGUUCAAUGGCAAUAAACCAAGCCUGCCACCAGUUGCUUCUCCGAAUAUGUUUCACGAAGCACGUUCUUCCCAGAGGAUCUCUGCACAGUCUCCACCACAUAUCCUCUGUCCACAGUGCUGGGGGCCUGUUGAGAGGGAGAGACAAGACCUAUCCCCUACUCCAAAUUCACAUCCCGCUAAUGCCACAGCCCAUACCAGGCCCUCCAACAUGCAUCCAGUUGUGGCUGUUCAGCCAUAUAUUUCUCUUCUAGAUCUUCAAAUGCUCUCAGCUCACCUCCCUGUGCCACUAAAUUGAGGGGUGAAAGUGAAGAAACAAAAUUCAGAAGCAACAACAAAAUACUACGUGAAAGUAAGCACAGCUGAGCUACUGGGCAACACAGCAAAAUCACUUUUAAAAUAUUGACUCUUACAACUUGAGAACCAACCAUCAUUUUUCGUAAAAUAAUCAGAUCACAAUUUCAAAACAAAUGGAGGGAUAUAAGGUAAAGUGUAAAUUUCCCUCUCCCCAGCUGUUUGAUUUUCCUGAUCCAUCUGCUAGAGAUAAAUAUUACUAUAAGUUAUUAUUAGAGUUUUCUAGUGUAUUCAUACAGACAUAUUCUGUGUGUUUUUAAGAAUAUCCAUAUGUACGAUUUUUAAGUAAAUAAUAUUUUAGUAAAUAUAUUAUCCAGCUACCUUCUUCUGAUAUACAUCUAUGUGUGUGUAUUUAUGCUUGUAUGUGUAUUAAACUUUCUAUAUUAACAAUGAUAUGUGAAUCACAUUUUACAUGAUUGCUUAAUAUUCAAUUAUGA